AGCCAGGCCAUACGCCCAUUAUUCAACGAAUUUUUGGUGGAAAGGGCUGUUGGCGCGUAUUAAACCCUUUUUUUUAACCUAUGGUUCUUAGCCAUAAAUAACCUGGCCUGCAAAAACUACCAUUUAUGAUGGAACCAAGCGCAGUUCGCGGCGUUUCUGUAGGCUCACUGUCCCGGUGUUGUUGCUCUUUCACUUUCGUUUCAGUCCAUUGAACCACGAAAACAUGGCACGCUCCUCCAAGGGGAGCUUGCACCUUUGGUUCGUCGUAACACUGAUGACAUCACGUGUGACUCUGGGUGAGGGAAGCGACCAAGACCUCGACCAAAGCACGGUAGAUCUCAGCUCCGAGACCAAACACUGGGGUGUCGAACCGGGGGACACCGCCCCCUCCUUCCGAGUCCCGACCCUGGACGGGGAGCUCAGCUAUUCCCCGGGGGCUUUGCACGGCGCUCUGAUUAUCCACGCGUUCACACACAAGUCAGGGUUUCUAGAGUGCCUGUGGAACAAUGAGUCCUCCCUAUCCGCCCUGGUCCUAGACCUCCCGGACAGCACGCAGGUCCUGUUCCUGUCGCUGGACGACUCGGCCGUUGAUGACGCGCUGUGGAUGAGGAGGCAGGUGCAGCGAGCGGCCCUGCAGCACGGGAGAGAAGAGGUGCUGUCCAGGCUGCACUUCUCACCCGUCCCGGUGUUCGCCCUGGGAAACUGGAUCCCCGCGGUACUCUACAGCUGGGUCUGCACGAGGCCCAGAUGUGGCCUGGCUCAGGCUGCCUUCACCAGCGAGGGCUGGAAGAUGCCGCUGAUCGUGAAACGCCUGGAUGCCAGAUACGAUUGGCUGGACAACUGGGAUCACGGGUCGUACCACCUGGUGGACGCAGGAGAGGGGUGUGAGCCCUCGGACCGCGUGGCCGGCCGCGUGGCCUGGGUCUCUGAGGGGAACUGCUCCUUCUUUACCAAGGUGCAGAGCAUGGCCCAGUCCAACGCCUCUGGGGUCCUGGUGUGGGCCUCGGAAGGCCAGCCCCUGCAGAACAUGAACUGCCAGGGGGAGGAGGAGUGUUCCACCAAGCUGCCCGACGUCCCAGCCUCCAUGGUCCACCGGGAGGGGUCCGUGAUCGAGGCUUUAGGACUCGGACAAGUGGUCAACGUCUCCUUCCAGGGCACGCCGUCUCCGCUUAUCUUCAUCGCCAUCGAUCAGCAGGGGGCGCUGUCGGAGAUGGGCGGGUUCCUCUAUCCCUCUUUUAGCUUCCUCAACUGGCAGGCCCAAUGGUUUGAGUUCUCUGAGGAUCUGCGUACCCGGCUCCUGGCCCCGGCCCAGGUGGUCCCGGUCUUCGACAGGGUCGUGAUGCACGGACACAAGGGGGCCGUCGCUACAGUGGAGAUAUCGCCAGACAUGCUGCUCUCGGACACCCUGGAGCUGGACGCGGCGCUGUCCUGCCCGGGCCGCCGGGACAUGAGCUGCGCCCACUGGGACCACACGGUGCAGCUGCUGGUGUGCUGCGACCCACUGGGCCCCUACUGCAACGUGGAGCUGGGCCGUUGGAUCAGCGCCUUCCGCAGGGGGACCGGCCGCUGGCUGACGGACGUAUCCCCCCUCACCCCCCUGCUGGGCGCGGGUCGCUGCACCUUCACCAUGAAGCACCCCUGGUGGGCCAUGCCCUGGGUGGUCUCCCUCAACCUGCGCUUCAGGCCCCCCCAGAGCCCAGUUACUGGGGAGGGGGGAGAGCAGAGCUUCCCCUUCUGGGUGAUGCCCUUAUAUGGUGGCAGAGUGUUUGACAAGAACUACAACACGGGUCGCCAGCCAAUCACAAUCCCCAUCCCAGACUCCACGAAGAAGGUCCUGCUGUACGCCGUCGUCACCGCCCACGGCAGCGAUGACCACCGCUGCGGGGAGUUCUGCGCCACGUCCCACAGCUUCCCCGUCAACGGCAUCAACAACAGCCUGGAGUUCGGCGACGCAGGCUCCCCGCUGGGCUGCACCCGGCGGGUCCGGGAGGGCGCGGUGCCCAACGAGUACGGCACCUGGCUGUCCGGGCGGGCGGGAUGGUGCUGCGGGCUGCCUGUCCGGCCCUGGGUCACGGACGUCACCGGGCAGCUGGACCUGAGCGGCCAGCUGUCCAACAGGAUCCUGUACUACGGCCUGUUCGAGGGCCGGGACCCCAACCCCACUAAGGACCCGGGGUACAUCAUCAUGUCCUCCUUCCUGGUCUUCUACCGAUGACCUCAACGCACUGACAUUUUUAAAUAAUAUUUUUUUACAAAAAAUGCAUCAACUUGUGGAUUGUUGAUUGAAUGUGAAUUUAAAAACAAGAAUUAAAGAAAAGUUUGUACUUUAUGUAAGUUA